AUGGCAAACUAUUUAUUGACACUUUUGUCAAACGAUUACGUUCGAUUGUUUGAGUGUGAAGAUUACGCCGAUGUAAUUAUUAGAGUUGGUGAAGGGUCCGAUGUUAAGUCGUUUAGAGCGCACUCGCUGAUUUUACGCACCCGCUCUUCUUAUUUCCGCACCGAAUUACAAAAUUAUCGUACAAAUAGCCUGUUGGUUUUUAAUCAACCAAAUAUUCCCGUUAGAAUCUUUGAGAUACUUCUCAGGUAUCUUUACACAGGAAGAUUGGACAUAAUCAACAAUAACAUACCGGAUACAUUGAGUGUUUUAUCGGCUGCGAAUAAAUUGGGCUUUUCGGACUUGUGCUCUUACAUUCAGGAUUACCUUUUGGCCUUCAAAAAAGAUCUAUUGAAACAACACUUUACCCUUUUGUAUGGUGUGGCCAAAGAAUUCGAAAGUCUGUCAGCAUUUUGCAUUGAACUCAUAAACCAAGAUCCGAAAAUCAUCUUUCAUAACGAAAGUUUUACAUACUUUGAAAAAGAAGAACUCCUUCAUUUUUGCGAAAAUUUUUCAUCCCUUAUUGACCCGAUUAAAUUGUGGGACAAAAUUCUUGAAUGGGCCAAUUUCCAACUAGAAACCAUGGGAAAAAAUCAAGUCACGACGUUGAAAGAAUUAAUCAAUCCAUUAGUUUCUUAUAUUGACUUUAAACAAGUGAAGAGAGAGGAUUUUUUUCAGAAAGUUCGGCCUUUUAGAUCUAUAUUUAAUGAUGACGAUUACAUUCAAAUUCUCGAAUACGUGCUUCGCAGUGAUUUACCACAAUCAUCUCAACCACAACAUGCGAUAGGCAUUCAUACUAUUCCCUCCCCGAACAUUGAACCCCUACUCCCUCCUCCAGCACCUCUGAACAUGGAUUCUAUUCUAAUCACACCGAUUUAUUUCAAAAUAAUUUCCGGAUGGAUUAAUGAAUUAGGGAGAUCCGGGCAAAACGAUCAUCGCUUUAGUUUACUACUGCGCGGAUCUUAUCACGGAUUUUCUUCAAGGGUAUUUCACGAUCUUUGUGAUUUUAAAAACGCCACUUUGACCAUUUGUAAGAUAAAGAAUACAAAUGAAAUCAUUGGGGGUUUCAACCCUGUAGAUUGGACGAGUUCCCCGGCUCCCGGAAAGUAUAGUAAUACCAAAAGGAGUUUUAUAUUUUCACUUGAUCUGAAUAAUAUUAACAAGUCCGUUCUCAGCAGAGUGGUUGAUGACAAGCAUGCGAUAUUUCAGCAUAGGGAUUUUGGGCCAUCCUUUGGCCUCAAGAGUGAUUUGAAGUUGUAUAGUAUGAAUAAUAAACUGUGUUGCUGUGUUAAAACAAGUUAUGAAAAACCGAUAAGGAGUUCAAAGUCAGAGUUUGCUCUAGAUGAUUACGAAGUCUGGAGGGAUCGAGAAUGUGAUGGCAUAGUAGCAACUUUAUCUGGUCACGGGGACAGGGUGAAUUGCGUUAGCUUUAUAGAUAGAGGUGAUGGGUUGCAUCAAAAAAGUGUUGCAAUAAUUUCUGGAUCUGUGGAUAAAACUGCUAGAAUUUGGAAGAAGAAUCAAAAUGGAAAAUGGGUGAAUUCUGCAAUUUUAGAACCUCACGGGGGGUCGGUGAAUACCAUUGGAGUUAUUCGGGCCAAAUCGAUUAUCGUCAACAAAGAUUUAGUCGUUACCGGAUCUGCCGAAGGUGCAUUGAAAGUUUGGGAAAGAACGAUAAUCGAUGAUGCUAAAGUGGACUGCAUACAAACAAUUGACCUCGAAUCAAAGUACCCUCUGGCGUUAGCCUUGUCAUACUUUCCCGAUUCAAAAGUUCCCAUAUUAGCCAUUGGGUGCACGGAUAAAAAAAUACUCAUAUAUGCACAGAAAGAUAGGCAGUUUAUUAAAUCUCUAUCACUUCAAGGGCACGAGAAUUGGGUUAGAUCAUUAUCUUUCGCUGUCUACACUUCAAGUGGGGAUGUUCCUGAUUUGCAGAAAUCAAAUAUUCUACAACAACAUAAAUUGAAAGAUGGCGAUCUAUUGUUGGCAAGUGCAUCGCAAGAUAAAUAUGUUAGAUUAUGGAAAAUUUCUUACAAUGGGGAAAUUCUCAAGUCUAAAAGUUUGGAUGGAGAUGACAUGGAUGAAAUCAAAAAUAAUGAAGUGGAGAAAAGAUCAAACACAACUGUCACUGAAAAGUCAAGCGUCAAAGAACUGUUGGAAAAUUUACAAGAUGAUGCAAUCCAAAAAGUUCAGUUAAGCACAAAAGCACACGUAAUAGAUAUUGAGACUGACAACGCGAGCAUCAAGCUCGGAUGGGUGGAAUUGGUGGAGAUGCUCUGGGUUUUUUUUGGUGGUCUAUUUGGUCCUAAUGGAAAUUAUAUUAUAGCCCAUGGUCACACCGGUGCCUUUCACUUAUGGAAGGAAGAAGAGAAUCAAAAUUGGCAACCUCAGGUUUCAAUAAGCGGACAUUUUAAUUCUGUGCAAGACAUUGAAUGGGACCCGACACUCAAAUAUCUUGUAUCCGUGAGUCUUGAUCAAACUGCAAGGUUGUUUGCUCCAUGGAAUCGCCUGAUUGAUGGGACUUCUGUUACGACUUGGCAUGAAAUAGGUCGCCCACAAAUUCACGGUUAUGAUAUCUACUGCCUAGCAUUUGUUGACAAAUGGCGGGUUAUCAGUGGAGCUGAUGAAAAGGUAAAGAUAUGGCGACAAACGGAUGAUACUUCCCAAAAUACAACUCAAUGGCGAUGUAUUUCAACCAUAAAGUUGAGUGAGGCGGUCACGGCAAUUGAUUUUGCUCCCAGGUUUAUUACAGAAAGCUAUUGUAUCGCGGUUGGAUUAGAAAAUGGUAAGCUUUUGUUGUUCAAAUCAGAAGAUGCCAAACUGGAAAAUUGGAGUCUAGCAUUGGAUGUAGGAAAAGAGUGA